AUGGCACCCAGCACGCUCUCCCUGCAAAUCCUAACGCCCAAAGAGAAGAACAGACUCAGGAAACCCAUCGUAGAAAAACUGCGCCGCGACCGGAUUAACAGCAGCAUCGAGCAGCUGAAAGUGCUGCUGGAGAAGGAGUUUCAGAGACACCAGCCCAACUCCAAGCUGGAGAAAGCUGACAUCCUGGAGAUGACUGUCAGCUACCUGAAAUACAGCCGAGGUGAGUACACCCACCCAUCAUCCUCUGCCAAAAACCUACAGCAGGAUUAUUGUGAAGGGUAUGCCUGGUGCCUCAAGGAAGCUCUGCAAUUUCUGUCUCUCCAUUCAGCCAACACAGAAACCCGGAUGAAGCUGAUCUGCCAUUUCCAGAGGUCACAAGCAGUGCCUAAAGACUCUGGUUCUUCUUCUCUACCUGCUUCCACUCACCAGCCCCCUGCAAAACAAGCAGCACCGAAACCCUCCUGCAGCCUCUGGAGGCCUUGGUAGGCCGAGAGUACACUUUUGUGUUUCCUGGACAUUUGCUUGUAUUCCAGAGGAGAUUGUGACUUGUUAUACAAGUCCCCCUCACUCCUCUCAUAAGUAGGGAAGAAUGUUUUUCUUUUGCAGAGCAUUACUAUGCUUGGAUGUUUGCAUCC